AUGUUUGAAUCAACAAGAUUGUUCUUGGAGACUGAAUCUCAAAAUUCAUCUUGGAGAAAAAUUCAUCCAACUUUCACAAUCAAAAUGUUUUGGACGUUUGGAGAAUUAGGAAAAGGUUCUCACAAAAACAAACUUUAUAAUCGAAUUCGAAAAGUAUCAAUUGAUAAU